CUGGAGUUUCCCUUGCGGUGUGAAGAUUAAUGGAAAGGGUCUGUUGAUCUUAGCAAUCGACUGUCAGAUGGUUGGUCCGAGGAAACCAUUGCACUUAACGCCUGGCUUCGAAGCGAGUGGAGAGAUAUCCGUUUGAAAUAAUCUGCAGCGGAUAAAAAAGCGAAUAAACCGGACAGCAUUUUUGUUAUCCAGAUCUGAACGGAAAAGGCCUGCCCACACAUACAACACCUGGUUAGUUCAGGCCAGGAUACGACUGCGAGGGACGCUCGGAGCUAACGCUAGCUGCUCGUUUGACAGACCGAAAAAAAGACGACUUUCGACGAUCCGUCUGAUGGACUAGAAGCAGAUUUUGGAUAUAUUAACACCGUGUCUGGAAAUAAAGGACAGUCGAGUUGACAUAUCUUGCCUUGCUUAUUGACGAGGUAACGCUACCAAGCUAACAUUAGCUAGCCUCGCUAACCCCCAGCGCCAGUGUUAGCUGCAGACUUGGAUAGACCCGCUUGGCUGGACUUCUCCGAACUCACUAAGAAAAACAAAGUGGUGGAGGAAUUAUAUUUCCUCUUACUCAAUAAUGGUAGCUGUUAGCUAGUACCUAAGUGACAGCUUCAUUGAGCCAAGGGACUGCGUUAGCGGUGUACCAUCACUUGAACGACUUUGUAAAAGGAAAACUCAGUUCGAGCCCGGGGAGUCCACCAUCAGUCUGCCAUAAUGGGCAACACGCCCACCGCAAAGAAGGGCAAUGAGAUGGAGAGUGUGAAGGAGUUUCUUGCCAAAGCCAAAGAAGAUUUCCUGAAGAAAUGGGAGAAUCCAGCACAGCAAACUGCGGCGUUGGACCAUUUUGAGCGUUUGAAGACCUUAGGCACUGGUUCUUUUGGUCGAGUCAUGCUGGUUAAACACAAAGAGUCGGGCCAGCAUUUUGCCAUGAAAAUACUUGACAAACAGAAGGUAGUGAAGCUGAAGCAGAUAGAGCACACACUGAACGAGAAACGUAUCCUUCAAGCUGUCAGCUUUCCCUUUCUGGUGCGACUGGAGCACUCGUUUAAGGACAACAGUAAUCUGUAUAUGAUAAUGGAGUAUGUACCUGGGGGCGAAAUGUUCUCACACUUAAGGAGAAUUGGUAGAUUCAGUGAACCCCAUGCCCGCUUCUACGCAGCCCAGAUUGUACUGACCUUUGAAUACCUUCACUCUCUGGAUCUGAUCUACCGAGAUCUGAAGCCAGAGAACCUGCUCAUUGACCAGCAAGGUUACAUACAGGUAACAGAUUUUGGAUUUGCAAAAAGGGUAAAGGGCCGAACCUGGACACUUUGUGGGACUCCAGAGUACCUGGCACCAGAGAUCAUCCUCAGUAAGGGGUACAAUAAAGCAGUGGAUUGGUGGGCUCUGGGAGUGCUGAUAUAUGAGAUGGCCGCUGGGUACCCCCCCUUCUUUGCAGACCAGCCUAUUCAGAUUUAUGAGAAGAUUGUAUCAGGGAAGGUUCGCUUUCCCUCCCACUUCAGUUCAGACCUGAAGGAUUUGUUGAGAAAUUUGCUGCAGGUGGACCUGACCAAGCGCUUUGGCAAUCUCAGGAAUGGAGUCAAUGAUAUCAAGGGCCACAAGUGGUUCGCCACCACUGAUUGGAUUGCCAUCUACCAGAGAAAGGUGGAAGCUCCCUUUAUUCCUAAGUGCAAAGGCCCCGGUGACACGAGCAACUUCGACGACUACGAGGAAGAGGAAAUCAGAGUCUCCUUCACAGAGAAGUGUGCAAAGGAGUUUGCUGAGUUCUAGAUUCCAACCACGAGUAGCGACGAGACAGGGAUAGUGAAAGUAAUAGGGGGUCUGAAGAAAGGAAGCACUAGGGUGGACUGCUAACUUGCUUAUUUGUAAUGACGACAACAUUGUAAAAUCCCCCCCCAGUGGAAAGGUAGGCAAAGUGAAGAAAGAUCCAACAGAACCAGCAGUGUUGCCUUUUCUGAUUGUUUAAUUGUUACCUAUUCAUUUUAUUUAUCCCUCUUGUGUUUGUGGCAGGGGCUUGAGGAGAACAGACAUAGGUUGUGUGUCUGUUCAGCUAGACUUGUAUCUCUCUGAUGUUGUAAUAACAUGUUUUCAGUCUUUGCAGGUUGAGGCAUUGAUUUUCUGUUAAGGUACUGAAUCUGCUAGCCUCCUUUUUUU